AGUGGCUUAUAGCAGUGAUAUCAGUGUAUGGCUUAUCCCCGCGCUGUGUGGCCCUGGUCCGACUAGUCAGCGCUAUUAGCGGUAGCAGGGGUCAGCCUUCCCCUCCCGCACAGUAGUAUGGCCGGGAGGGCGCCAAGUCUCAGUGCUCGGGCAGCAGGCGGCGCGGUGGUGGGCAGUGCUGUGGGCUUAUGGUGAUCUGAGACCAUGCUGUCCAGGAGGAAGAGGCUCGGGGAUGUGCAGAGCGACCAGUGGGUGCUGAUAGCUCCAGAAACUCUAAAAGAUGAUGCCAAGAAGCCAAGUGAAAAAACUUUAUUUGCAAAGCUCCGCAGUCCGUUUACAGAUGAAGGAGCCAUGUUCUUAUUUGUCAACGAUGGACAGCAGCUCUGUGAAGUGAAAGCUUUCAAUGAAGAAUUACGCUCUUGGUUUGUAGGUCAAACAGUUCAGCAAGAUGGCCGAUUACUUUAUGCGACACCAGUGGAUCCUCUAUUUUAUGUGAUCUACUAUUUGAUGAAAGCAGACAAAGAGCAAGGAAAAUUUCAGCCUGUGGAACAGAUUGUGGUAGAUGAAGAGUUCCCAUCAUGUAACCUGUUACUGCAGUGCACGAAAGUUGUACAGUCACUUCAUCAUGUAACGGAGGAAAAAGAGGACUACGUUCGUUACGCACAUGGACUGAUAUCGGAGUACAUACCCGAAGAACUCCGCAGUGAGCUGUCCCAGUACAUAAAUCUUCCAGAGAUCUCCAGCCCAACCCCAGAGCCUCCCACAAAGAAACGGAAAGUUUCUGACAAGCCUGUGGAAGCAGAAGAGGACUACACAAAAUAUAAUUCCGGUUCCCUGAAAAAGACUAAUAGCAAGAUGACAGCCGCUCAGAAGUCACUGGCGAAGGUGGACAGAAGUGGCAUGAAGAAUAUUUCCUCUUUUUUCAGUCCAAAAGGCAAGGCUGCAAAAUAACCUGGGAGGGAUACGACUUUAUACAGGAAUCAAAUGUUUUAUUUAAUAAAAAGUGUUUUCUUUUAA